GACAAUGGAAGCGCCGGAGGGAGGCGCGCGGAGCCCUGGGAACAGCCGCGCCGAGUCCGCAGCUCGUUGCUGGACCUUGGACCACACGGUAGCUCUUGUAGAUGCUGAGAUCCAGGACUUGCCACGCUAACCGGGACAGGAGGGCGCAUCUGGCCCAGCAGCUGAGGUCUUCAGCGGCCCGGCUAUGCGCAGCUGUUGGUGGGGCUGAGCGGGCGAGCAGGAGACGGUUCUUCAGCACCCUUUGGGUUGGUGCGCCUCUUUUCUUCUAGCGUGUGCCCAGCCAGCCGAUCAAAAUAGAGUCCUUCAAGGUGAAAGUUGACUUUCUGAAGGUGCCCCUCGGCCUCAAGAAGCCCACUCUGAAGGAGGCCGCGGCCGCCUUGGUGGCCGUCCCAGGGUCCAAGGCCAUCAACGUGGAUCGCUACAAGGCUCGGCGCUCAGACAACAUGGACAACGAAUCACAAUAUUCGGGGUACUCCUACAAAUCGGGGCACUCGCGCAGCUCCAGGAAGCCCAGAGACCGCCGAGAGCGGCAUCGCUCCAAAAGUCGAGAUGGCAGCCGUGGGGACAAGUCGGUCACCAUCCAGGCCCCCGGAGAGCCCCUGCUGGACAACGAGUCAACCCGAGGGGAUGAAAGGGACGACAACUGGGGCGAGACGACCACCGUGGUGACCGGCACGUCGGAGCACAGCAUUUCGCACGAUGACAUCACGCGCAUCACGAAGGACAUGGAGGACAGCGCCCACCUGGACUGCUCCCGCCACCUGGGGGUCUCGCUGGCGGGGGCCCUGGCUCUGCUCUCCUUCCUCACCCCCAUCGCCUUCAUGCUGCUGCCCCAGCUGCUGUGGGGGGAGCAGCUGAGCCCCUGCGGGACCCCCUGCGAGGGCCUCUUCAUCUCGGUGGCCUUUAAGCUGCUCAUCCUCCUGCUGGGCAGCUGGGCGCUCUUCUUCCGCCGCCCCAGGGCCUUCCUGCCCCGCAUCUUCGUCUUCCGUGCCCUCCUGAUGGUGCUGGUCUUCCUCCUGGUGGCCUCCUACUGGCUCUUCUAUGGCGUCCGCAUCCUGGACUCCCGUGACACCAACUACCAGGGCAUCGUCCAGUACGCCGUCUCGCUGGUGGACGCCCUGCUCUUUGUCCACUACCUGGCCGUGGUCUUGCUAGAGCUGCGACAGCUCCAGCCCCACUUCACCCUCAAGGUGGUGCGCUCCACCGAUGGGGCCAGCCGCUUCUACAAUGUGGGGCACCUCAGCAUCCAGAGAGUCGCUGUGUGGAUCCUGGAGAAUUAUUACCACGAUUUCCCCGUCUACAACCCGGCACUGCUGAACCUGCCCAAGUCAGUUCUGUCUAAGAAAAUGUCUGGCUUCAAGGUCUACUCGCUUGGUGAAGAGAACACAACCAACAACUCAACCAGCCAAUCGCGGGCUGUUAUCGCAGCCGCCGCCCGCAGACGGGACAACAGCCACAACGAGUACUACUACGAGGAAGCAGAACACGAGCGCCGGGUGCGCAAGCGGCGAGCCAGGCUGGUGGUGGCCGUGGAAGAGGCCUUCACCCACAUCAAGCGGCUGCAGGAGGAGGACCAGAAGAACCCCCGGGAAAUCAUGGACCCCCGGGAGGCCGCCCAGGCCAUCUUCGCCUCCAUGGCCCGGGCCAUGCAGAAGUACCUGCGCACCACCAAGCAGCAGCCGUACCACACGAUGGAGAGCAUCCUUCAGCACCUGGAGUUCUGCAUCACCCACGACAUGACGCCCAAGCUGUUUCCUUUUAAUCUAAUGUGGGGUUUUGGGGGGCUUAAAUGUCGGACUCUCCAGGGGAAGAUCUGA